AACUCAAUACUGACUUCACAGGCGGCUGCAUCGUCGUGCGUCAAGGAUUAUGGGAACGUUCAUAUAAAAGCCAACGUGAACACAUCAUGAGUACCAGUCACAAAUCCGGGUUCCUAUUUGAACUACCUAUCUUUAACUAGUCUCACCAACCAUGAAGUUCCUCCUGAUCCUGUCGGUGGUGGCGGCGGCGGCGCUGGCCCGUCCUGAAGACCUGUACGACGACAGCAAGACCAACCUGGACGUAGACGAGCUGGUGGCCAACGACCGCCUGCUGAAGGGAUACGCUUCCUGCUUCCUCAAUAAGGGACCCUGCACACCCGAGGGGAAUAACAUUAAGAAGUUCAUCCCUGACGCCGUGGAGAACAGCUGCCAGAAGUGCACCCCGAAGCUGCGAGUGCUGGUGCGCAAGAUGUCCAACGGCAUCAAGACCAAGCUGCCGAAGGAAUGGAAGGAUCUGGAAGCUCUCUACGACCCUGAGGGCAAGCACUCCAGCAAGGUUGAUGCCUUCCUAGCCCAGACUGACUGAGCGAAACUCUGUGAUAAUGUAAAUAAUGAAGUGUAUUGUUGAUUUGGA